GCCAGGGCGGGCGCGGAGCAAGCGCAAGCGAGGCGGGGCGGACGGGGGAGCCGGGGCGGCAGACCGAAGGCCGAGGCAGGACGCACGGGCAAGCGGGCGCCGGGCGCCCCGCGCAGGCCAGGGGCGGGGGGAACCCAAAAGCCGCGCGGGCGGCCCACGCCGGCCGCGCGGGCGGGCGAGGGCGGGGGCCGCGAGCGGCGGCGGGAAGGCGCGGAGGCGGGAGACGCAGGGGCAGGGGGCCGGCACCGGCGCCGAGCGGCCCAAAACGAAGGCGCCGGGCGAAGGACGGCCGCGCACGCCGGGAACCCGCCGGGCCCGGACGGGCGCGGCGGGCGCAGGCGGCGCGCGGCGGCGGGGGGAGGAAGGCGACCGGGGGGAGCCGGCCAGGAGGCAGAGGCGGGGCGCAAAGAGGAAAGGCAGGGGGAAGGAGGAACAAAGGCAGAGGGAAACGGCGAAGGGCGCAGGAAAGCAGGGAGAGGGGGGGAGGGGAGCGACGACGCGGAGAACCGGAGGAAGGCGAGAGCGAAGACGGGCAACAAACCCCGACGGCGGGAAGGGAGGCAGGGAGGAGAGAAAAGGGCGACGCGGGCGCGGCCCGGGGCGGCGAGGAGGCAGGAGAACGCGACGGAGCGCACGGCCAGCGGGCCGGCGACGCAGCAGGCAAAGGGCGGCCCGAGCAACGGGCGAGGGAGGAGAGGGGCCGACCAGGGGGGACGGGGGACGGAGAAGGAGGGGCGAGGCCGGAGAGGGAGCCGGAGAAACGGCGACCACAGCCAAGGAAGGCAGCAGGCGCGCAAAGGACCCAAGCCGGACACGGGGAGGAGGGACAAGAAAGAACAAGACCGGGCGCGAGGAGGCGGGGAAGGGGAAGGAGGACAAGCGAAAGCCCGGAACGAGGAGCCAGGGGAGGGCAAGGCGGGGCCAGCAGCCGCGGGAAGGCCAGCGCCAAGAGCGGAGAGGGAAGGGGGCAGGGAAAAAGCGCGGAGGGGGACGGGGGAGGGGCCGGCCGGGCCGCCCGAGGGGGCACCGGGCGGCGCGGCCCGGCGGGCGGCGAGGCGCGCCGGGCCGGAAGGGGCCGGGGCGGGCCGCCGGCGCGGGGACGGGGAAGAAAGGAGAGGGCGCAAAGCAAGCCGACGCGCGGGAGACAGGAGCAGGGGAGAACAGAGAGGAGGGCGGGCCGAGGACGGGGGCCGGCGGGAGCGGAGGAAGGAGGAACAGGGACAGGCGGGGGCAGGCGGAGGGCAGAGGCAGAGGGGAAAGGCGGGGAGGGAGGAAAGACGAACAACGGCGAAAGCAGGGGCCAAGGAGGGGGCAGGAAGCAAGAACGAAAGGGGGGGCGCGAAGACGAGCAGAGACCGGCCGAGGCGCAACCAGAAACGAGGCCGACCAGGGAGCGGCGGAGGGGCGGGGAGGACGCCGCCGGCACCGGAGGAGAAAGCAAAGGGGGGGGGGCCGGGGGGAGGAGGGGCGCAAGGCGGAAACGGAAAGGAAGGGACGGAAGGGCACCACCAGGAGGGGAGCCGGCGGCGGAAGGGGACGCAACACGGGGAAACGGACCAGGGCCAGACAGGAAGGAGGGACAGACGGAGAGCGCGGGCGGGAGGCGAGGGGGGGGCAGGGCCGGGCGGAGGGGGGAGCGGGGGCGGGGGAAGGCCGGGAACGAACGAGACCGCAGCCGGCGAACGAGCGAGGCGGAGGGAGCCCGGCGCGGCCAGCGGCGGAGAGGGACGACGGCCGGGGAGGCCGCGGAAGGGGAGGCAAGAACAGGGCGGGGAGGCCCGGAGAGGGGCGGGGCCGCACGCGCGCGACACGGAGGGAGGCAACGAGCGGAGAGCCGGGGCCGACAGGCCCGGGGAAGCGGGGAAAGGGCAGCGGGAGGGGAGAGAGCAGGGCAAGGGGGGGCGGCAACGAGGAAGGCCGAGGAAGCGCGAGGCAGCAGCGCGCGGGGACGACGGCCCGGCCCGGGGACACACCGCCCGGCGCGCCGACCGAGGGAAGGAGCCGGGGAAAGGGGCGGAGCGCGGCGACGGGGCGGGGCGCGGCCCGCGACGGCGCGAGAAGGCCAGGGAACCGGAGCAGGGAGAGGAAGGAGAAGGCGGAACAAGGGGCCGGAGGGGAACCGGCGGAAGGAGCAGGGGCGAAACCGGCAAAGCAGAACCCGCGAACACGGGGAAACACGGGGGGCGACGCGCGCGGCGGGCGCCGCCCGCCCGGCCCCGACCGGCGCGCGGGCGCGCGCGGGGGGGCCAACGAACCCCGGCGCGGAAAGCGCCAAGGAAGACGAAAAGCGGCAGCCCGCCCCGCGCGCCCCGGGCGCGGAGCGGGCGGGGGACGCGCGCGGCGCGGGAAACACAAACGACGCGCGGCAACGGAGAGCGCGGCGCGCGCAGCGAGGAAGAACGGAGCGAAAGGCGAGACGGGGGGGAAGGGCAGAAGCCCGGGAACCAGCGAGGCGGGGAACGCAAGGGGCGCCCGAAGCCAGGAGGCCGAGGGCACGGCGGCCGGGGCGGCACGCAGCGCGGCGCCCCCCGCAAGCCGCAAGGCGCAGCGCGGGGCGGAAGCGGGCCGCCCGGGCGCCCCGAGCGCGCGGCGGGCCGAAAGGCGAGGCCACGGCGACGGACGGCGCGGCAAGGGGGGGGGAAACGCAACGCGCGCGGGGGGCGCGGCGACAGCCCGGCGGGCGGCCGGACGCCCAGACCCGGAGGGCGCCGGCGCGCGCCGACCGCGACCCCAGGGCAGGCGGGAGGACCCGCGGAGGGGAAGCAGAGCAAGAAGCGGAGGAAAAGAAACGGACAAGGAGGCCCGGAGGAACGGCGAGCGAACCGGGAACAGCCCAGCCGGAGAAGCGGGCGGCGCCGGCGGCCGAAGGGGGGGGAGAAGCGGCCGCAGCGGCGGACCGGGCCCAAGGCCCCGGGAAGGGGGCGCCAGAGAGGGGAGAGCCCCGGGGGCCCGGACCCGGGCGCACCACGAGGCGCGGGCGACGAGGCGGGGGGGGGGAAGGCAGCCCAAAGCGGGCGGGGAAGGCCGGCCAAGGCGAAAGACGGGCGAGAGACCGAGAGCGAACAAGGACCGCGAGGGAAAGAGGAAAAGGACGGGGAAAAGAGAGGCAAAGAGGGCGGGAAAAGGGCGGGAGGGAAGCGGAGGGGGCCGGCGAGGCGCCCCGGGCGGAGGGGGAACGGGGACGAGCCGGGCCGCCGAGCGACGCGGGGGGGACCAGGGGAGGGGGGGGCGGCCAAAGCCCGGGCGCGCGAGACGCCCGCGGAACGCCGGCGCCGAGGGGGGAGGCAGCGCGCGCCGCGGGCGGGCGGCGGCAGCGGCGCGCGCCGGACGCGGGCCGGGGGCGCCCCAGGCGACCCGGCGGGAAACACGGACCAAGGAGGCGGACAGGGGGCGAGGCAACGGGCGAGGAAACCCGGAAGGCGGAAGGAAGCGGAGGGGGGAGCCCCCGGAGGGGGCACCGCCGACCGACCGGGAGCGGCGGAGAAGGGCGAGGGGGAGCAGACCGGGCGGGACCCGAAAGAGGGGGAACGAGGCCGGAGCGGGGCGAAGCCAGAGGAAACGGGGGGAGGCCCGCAGCGAGACGGACGGGCAAAGCGGGCGGCGGACGGGGGAGAGGGGCGAAAGACGAAGCGAACCGGCGAGGAGCGGGGCCCGCCGAAGGGCCCGCAGGAGAGCGGGAGCGCGCGGGCGAGGGCGAGCGGGGAAAGCCAAGGAGGAGAGGCCGCGGGGCGCAACGCCCGCGACCGAGGCGCAAACGGGAAAGAGGGAGGACGGGCGGCGGCGGGGGGGAGCCGCGCCACGGAAGCAAGAGCGCCAAGGGGGCCAGGGGGGAAGCAGAACGGGCGAGGCGGGAGGAACCGGAAGCCGGGGGACGGGGCCAAACGGCGCGCGAACCGAGAGCCCACAAAGGGGGGGGGCGAGGAAGACAGCAGGACGGGGGGCAGGGAAGGCGAAAGCCGCGAAGGAGGGGGAACAACGCACCGGCCGAAGCAACGAGCCCCGAAAAGGGAGGGCGCGGAAGCGCGCGACCGACACCCGGCCGGCGGGGCAAGGGCCAGGCCCCGAGGAGGAGGAGGGCGCGGCGGGCGCGGCAAAACCGGGGGCGGGAGCCGGGGCGGAGCGGCCGGCGGGGCAGAGCGGGGGGGAGGAGCAAAGAGGCAAAGGAGAACGGGGAAGGCCGAAGAGGGGAAAGGGGCCAGGGGAACGGCACGGGCACAGGGGGAGGCGAGCCGAAGGGGCGGGGGAACCCCGACAGAGAGCGCGGGGCGCGCGGACGCCGAAAGGGAAGGGGGAAAAGGCCGGAACCGGGACGGGGCGGGGACGGCAACGGGAGGAAGGCCGGAGACGGCGGCGGGAGCCGCGGGAAGAGGAGGGCGGGGAACAGCCGGCCCACCCGGGAAGCGGCGCAGCCGGAGGGAGGGGCCAGCGGCGGGAAGAGCACCGCACGGCGCGGGGGGCCGGGGCGCGCCCGGCGGCCCGGGAAAAGCCGGAGGACCGAAGGCCGGCCACGCCCGGGCGGACGCAGAACCGCAGCAGGGCGCCAAGGGGAACAGCCGCGGGGCGAGGGAACAAGGGAGGCAAGGGAAGGCGGCAAAAGGGAGCCGGAACGGCGGGAAAAGGAGGGGCGCGGAGGGCGGGGCACGGGGGCCCAGGCCCGAACCCGGCGGCGGGCGGGGACGGCGCGAGCGGCGCCCGCGGCGAGAGCGGGGCGCCGCGGGCCGGCCGGGACGGACGGGACGGGGCCGGCGGGGGCCGGCCCCGGGCGGCGAACAGCCAACGCAGAACGGGACGGACAAGGGGAAGCCGACGGGGGAAGGAAAACAAAGCAGGCGAGGGGCCCAACGGAGGGGACGCAAGGGAGGGCGGCCCAGGGCGCGGAAGGGCAAAGGGAAGAAAGGCAACCAAGCGCGGGGGGAAACGCGGGAGGAACGAGGACGCGCGGAAGGGAGCCAAAGGCGCGGCAGCGAGGAGGGACGCGCAGGAGGGAGGAACGAGAGCCCACGGGCCCGGCGGGCGCGGGGCGCCGCCGCGGGGGGGGCUGGAGAGAGACAGGGACAGGGGGAAGCGCGGGAAGCCAGGCAGGCGCGGCACGAAGGAGAGGACGAGGCAGGGGGCGACCGGAAGAGAGGCAGAGGGACGCCCGCCGGGGACCCGCGCGGGGGGAAGGGCGGCACGGGGACAGGCAGAGCACGGGGCAGAAAGCACAGGGCGGAAACAGCCGGGGGGACCAGCGCAAGGCGGGGGGGAAGGAAACAGGCGGAGGCCCGGGGCCGGACCAGGGCGGAGGGGCGGGGCGACGCCCGGGGAAGGCCCCCGAAGGAACCGGGCCCAGGCCGGCCCCCGGCCGGCACGCGGCGACCCGCGCGCGCCGCGGAGCAGCGCGAGCAGGCCACCGACAGCCGACGGGGCGGGACGGGGACCCCCGGGCCCAGCCCGCAGAGCCAAGCCGGGCCCGAAGGGACGGAGCCAGGGGGCCGACGGCCCGGGCCGACAGGGGGCCAGCGACCAGAGGCGGGGCACCGGGGAGACCGGAGGCGGGGAGGAGGACGACCGGGCGGGGACGGCAGGCGGGCCGCCGGGGGCAAGGGCCGCCGGGAGCGCACCGGACACCACGCGACGGGCGGGGCGCGGCCAGCCGCGGGACCCGACCGCCGGCGGAGCCGAGGCCAGGGGGGGCAGGGGGGAAACAGAAAAGAGAACGCGGCCCGAGGCGCCCGCCGACGGCGCCGGACGGCCGAACGGGGCCGGCAACCGCCACGGCCCGGGGCAGGAAGGGGAACCCGAGGCCCGGGCGGAGGACGCGCGAAACGCGCGAGCGGCGGGGGGCCCCCGACCCGGAGGAGCGACGAACCCAGGGGCAAGGGCCGGGCACAGGGAACCGGGCCCCGCGGCGGCCGGCAAAGGGCGCAGGGGAAGAGGGGCGACGACCACCAAGAGCGGCACCGACGGCCGCGCCGCCCAGGCGCACGCCCAAGGGGGCAGCGACCGCCGCGCCCGCCGACGCAGCGGGGCCGGGCACGGGCCCCGACGGCCGGGGGGAGGGCGCGCGCGGAAGCGCCAGCCAGGGGCGGGGCGAGGGGAGGCGGCAGGGAGGGGGGACACACGCCGGAGCGGAGGGCGACGGCCAGGACCACCGGCCGGCGGGCGGAAGCGACCAACACCCGGGGGGAGCGAGGGGAGCGCGCAGGGGGCACCGGAACCCGGCGGCCGGGGCAGCCCGCAGCGCCAGGGCGGCGGACCAAAAAGGGCCCACGGGGAGCGCGGGAGGCCGGGGCGCGGCGCAACAAAGCAGCCGCGCCGGCCGACCGAGGGAAAGGGGAGAAGAGGGCGAGGGCGGGGCGCCCCCGAGGCCGCGAAGCAGGGGCGGGACCCGAGAGAACGCGCACGCGAGCGCCAGCGAGCCGGAGGGAAACGGCGGAGGGAACCAGCGACGAGACGGGGCGAGGAGGCGGGCGCCCCGAGACCCAAGGCAGACGAACGAGGGGCACGGCAGGAGCGCGGCGGGCCGCCACCAGAGGGGCCGCGGGCGGCGCCCCGCGCAGGCAGAGGGCACCAGCGGGCGGGGCCCGACAGGGAGGCGCACACGCGAACCCGGCGCAGAAGAGCAAGGGCGGGCGGCGGGGCACCCCGCAGGGGGAGCCCACCAAGCAGCGGCCGGACGCCGGACGGGGGACGCGCCCGGGGACGCGCACACAGGGCAGACGCCGGGGGCCGGGGGGCAAGACGGGGCGAAGGGGGAGCCCACAGGCCAGCGGCCGGAGCGCGCAGAGGCCGAAGCACGCCAGAGGCGCGCGGGCCGACCACAAGCAAGGAGACGGCGGGCCGCGGGCGGAGCGAGAGCCCGGGCGGGGGCCGCCCCCCCAAGCCACGCGGGCCACGCCCCGAGGCGAGCGGCGGACCGGCGCGCACCGGGCCACAGCCGACCGGGGCGCAGCGCCGGCCCCCAGCCGCGGCCCGCCCGACAAGGGCAAGCACGCGGGGACGCGCGGGGCAAAGGCCGGGGCAGCGGGCCCGCGCGGGACGGGGGCGCGAGCGGGCGCGCGCCCGGAGGGAGCCGGGGACGGAAGGCACCGCCCGGGGGGGCGGCAGGCCCAAACAACCCGACGCGGAGACAGCGCCGCGGGGGGCGACAGGGGCCGGGCACAACGGGGCGCGCACCCGCGCGGGCGCCCCCGGCCAGGGGACGGGGGCCCGGGCCGCCGCGGAGGACGCGGCGCCAGACGACAAGGCGGACGACGGAGCCGCCCGAGGCGAAGGCGGGGCGGGGCCCGGGCGCGCGCCGGGACGAAGGGAAGCCGGGGAAGGGGCGGGGCCGCCGCGGAGGGAGAGGCGGAAACGCAGGGGAAGCCCGCCGGACCGGGGGGCGGCGCGCGCGCAGGCGCAAGCAGGGGCGGGGAGGCCGGACGCACGACGGGCGGGAGCCGCGACAACAAGAGAGAGGGGAGGGGCAACCACCACGGGCCGCGACGGCCGGCGACGGGGACGCGCAGGGAGGCCAGCCGCGCGCGCGGGGCGCACGGGAGGCCAGGCCGCCCGCGCGGAGCCGGGCGCGGCGGGGGCGGCGAGGCGGGGGCGGGACGCCCAGGCAGACGGGCCCGCGGCCGAAGGGCGGCGGGCGCAACGGGCGGGCAAAGACGCGAGGGGGCACGGGAGGCGGCAAGGCACACCAAGGAGCGCAGGGCGCGACGGGCGGCAGCGAGGCGAGAGCCGAGAGAGCCGGGGCCGAGAGGCGGGGGGGGAAAGAGCAGCGCGCGGCCCCCCGCACGAGCCGCGAACGGGGCGCGAGGGGAGGGCGGCCGGGGAGGAGGCCGGGGCGCGGGCCGCGCCGGGGGGCGGGGCCCCCAAAACGAGCGCGCAAGCGCGCAGGGCGGGACGGGAGGGAGGCGCACGACGAGCGCGCGGCGCCCCCAAGGGGGAAAACGGGGGCGCGGGGCGGGCGGCGGGGCAGGGGCGACAAGGAGCCGGCCGCAGGGGCACCGACGGAAACCGGGGACGACGGCGCCGGCCGCGAAAGGAGAAGGGGCAAGGGACGGCGCGCGACGGCGGGCAGCGAACCGCCCACGGCGCCGCGAGCCGAACAGGGCACCGGAGCAGGGCGGGAGGAGCGACGGGCGGGGGGACAAAGGGCAGGGACGGAGGCAACGCGAGCGGAGGACGCGCGCGGACGAGGAAGGCCGGGGAAGACCAACAAGGGCAAGGAGCGAGCCCCAGCACGAGGAAAGGGCAAAGAGGACCCGGGCCGGGCGGCCAAGGCGAGAAGCGCGGGGAAGACAGCAGGGAGCGCGCGGGCGGCCCAGAACAGCGAAGGGCAGCACAGACCGGGGAGGGCCGCAAACGGCCGCGGCCGAAAAGGCCGGAGGCCCGCGAAGAAGCGGGCCGCGAAGGGAGACCGCCGCAGAGCGAGGGAGCAGGCGGAGCGGGGCGGGAACGGAAGGAACCAGACAAAGCGCGCCACCAACGAAGAACGGCCAGGCACCACCACCCAGAGAAGCAAGAAAGAGCGCGCAGGCGGGCAAGCCGGACGAGGGCGGGACCGGGGAAGGGGCCCCGGGGAGGCAAAGGAAGCCGCAGGCGCCACGCCGGGGGGGGCCCGGCCGGCAAGGCCGGGAAGGGGCAGCCGGGCGACCAGACGCCCCCCGGAACCCAAAAACGGGGAGGGCGCAGAAGGGGCCGGCGGAGGCCGAAAAGCAACAGCCGCCGAGCCCGGGGCGGCAGCGGGAGGGGGGACGAGGACGGGAGCGGAGCGGCGGCGAGCCCCCAACGGGCGGGCGGGAGGAAGGAAAACAGCCGGGGCAAAGGCGGGCGCAGGGGGCGGCGGGCAGAAAGCCAAGAAGGGCACCGCGGACGAGGAAAGACGAAGGCCCCCGACGGGCCCGGGGAAGCAGGACGCCGAGCCCGAAGGCCAACGGAAGAGGACCGAAAGCCGAGAAGGGGAGCCCAGGCGAAGGGAGACAGAGCGGAGGCGGGCGGGGAGCACGCGAAGGGCGGCAAAGGAACAGCGCCGGAGGCACGACCCGGCCAAGGAAGGCCAGGAGCGCAGCGCCGACAGAAGGGACGAGACGACCGGGGCACACCGAGGGCGGACCGGCCG